GGAUCUGUGACGUAGGCAUGCGCGAGAGGCAGUGUACAUUUUCGUCCUGAGAAUCUGAAAUCUUGAAAUAUUGUGCAGAUUUUGUAGAUACACAUAGAAAACAAUUCUGGAAUUUUGUGUAUUAGUUUAUAGAGCAAGAAGAAAGUUUCCUUCGAUUAAGAACAUUGAAACAUUAUAAUCUGUGCUCAAUUAUAAAACCAUACUUAACAGUUAACUCGACAGUUAGAAUAUGGCUGGCAGAGGACGAGGAUGGAUGCGAAGUGAAGCAUCAGAAAUUCGAAGACCAGGACAACCAAAUAAACAACAACUUCCCAACAUUCCGGUGAAGCCAAUAAAAAAUGAAGAAUGCAAUCAAAUCAUCAACUUGAUUGAAAAAUUGGAAAUUAAUGAGUGCACUACUGAGGUGGAAGUGCACGAAAUAGAAGCUGUACUUGUCGACGCAGCAAAGAACAAUAAACUGAAAGAAGUAUUUGAUGAACUUCACGAUCGAGCUUUGGACGAUCGACAAUUUGGCAUCAAGUUCGCCAUCGUCUUCAGUAAUAAAACGAUUUAUUCUCUAGAAAUGAAUGAUGGUAGUAAAUUACAAAUCACUUUGAUGAGAGCAUUGCAAAACGUAUAUAUGAAACAUGAUGAAAUAAAGAAGCAAAACCUCUCUCGACUGCGUAAUGCGGCAUCUUUACUUGGCGAAGUCUACAAUCGGCUGAGGAUCGCAUCCCUGCCAUUGAGGAUUCUUGAAGAGCCAUUGCUUCAUUACAUGAGGAUUCUGCUCGACAUUUGCGAAGAAUCGGACAUUGAGCUCGUUACAACUCAGAUUUCAAUAAAUGGCCGAAAAAUCUACGAGGAGAAUCAAAAGCAACUGGAGGAGUUCAUGGAACUCGUGAAAAUCGUACUUAUAAAUCGCAACGUGAGUCCCAGAUCUCGAGGAAUGCUUCUUUUCAUGAUCGACCUAGCGCACCAAAGAUACAGCCCUCUUUCCGGGGAACUACAAAAUUUCUACGUCUCGCAACUCGGCACUCAAACCUUCAUAGCAAUCCAACGACACAGCGAUCUUCUCACAGUGAAUACCAAGCCGAAGCUUCAAAUUGGAGACGGAGAUUCGGAGAGCGUUUCAUCAAAGAGUGAAACGAAAUCGGACACUGACUCCAUUGGCAUUUUAAUGAAGGCGCCAAAGUCAGAAAAUAAUGCUAAGCAAGAUUCGCCGGAGAAGAGGCGAGUGGUAAAUAAUGAGCGACCGACGAAUAGCGGGAAUGCGCCUGUCCCGAGAGCAAUCCGCGGCUCUGGAGCAACGGAUCAGAGAAAUUUGAAAAAGUCGCCGAAAGGAAAGAAAGAUAAACUGACUGACGAUCAAGUUUGGUCAUCGAAACAAAACAGCUCGAGUAAAGUUUGGGGCCAUGAUGACCGAUUUGAAAAGGAUUAUGAUUGAAAAGUACAAUUAAUGCCAAUUACUUUCACCACCAAAGCACAAAAGUGUUUUUAAAGUUCGCUAUGAAAAUGCAUAAUAUUGAAUUAUGUGAGAUUACUUAACUCGUUAGAGUGAUUGUAUUGUUAGGUACUUUUUAU